AUGGCAACAGUUCGGAUCUGCGUCUGCGGCGACGAGGGAACUGGCAAGUCCAGUCUCAUAACCUCGCUCGUCAAAGGUGUAUUCGUCACAAAUAAAAUCCAACCCGUCCUCCCUCAGAUAACGAUCCCUCCCACCAUCGGAACACCCGAAAAUGUCACCACAACGACUGUCGUCGAUACCUCGGCUGUUCCCCAAGAACGGAACAACCUUGCGCGCGAGAUCCGGAAGUCCAACGUGAUUCUGCUGGUGUAUUCGGACCACUACAGCUACGAGCGCGUUGCAUUGUUCUGGUUACCAUACUUCCGUUCGUUGGGCGUCAAUGUCCCGGUUGUGUUGUGUGCCAACAAGUCCGAUCUUGCGGCGAGUCACAGCGAGGCGCAGGUGGUUGAGGAAGAGAUGCUACCGUUGAUGGCAGAGUUCAAAGAGAUCGAUUCGUGUAUUCGCACCAGUGCUCGGGAGCAUCACAAUGUGAAUGAGGCUUUCUUCGUCUGCCAAAAGGCUGUGACACACCCAAUCGCGCCGCUGUUUGAUUCCAAGGAGGCCGCCUUGAAGCCUGCAGCUGUUGCGGCUCUACAACGGAUCUUCUAUCUAUGCGACAAGGAUCGUGAUGGGUAUCUGUCGGACAAAGAGAUCAAGGACUUUCAGACCAGGUGUUUUGGGAAACCUCUGAGCGAGGAGGAUCUCAUUCACAUCAAGGAUACCAUCCAGAAAAGCUACACAGAAUCGGUCACUGAGUCUGGAAUUGAUUGUCAGGGUUUUAUCCACUUGAACAAACUUUACGCGGAGAAAGGUCGACACGAAACUGUUUGGAUAAUUCUGCGAGCGUUCCAAUACACGGACAACCUCUCCCUUCAGGAGAGCUUCUUACAUCCUCGAUUUGAAGUCCCUCCGUUUGCCUCCGCAGAACUGUCCCCCGAAGGAUAUCGAUUUUUCGUCAACCUUUUCCUCCUAUCCGAUAAGGACAAUGACGGAGGCUUAAACGAUGCUGAGCUUGCAUCAUUGUUUGCACCCACCCCCGGUCUGCCCGCAUCUUGGGCCGACGGCUCAUUCCCCUCUUCCACGGUUCGCAAUGAGGCAGGGCAUGUAACACUUCAAGGCUGGCUGGCCCAAUGGAGCAUGACGACUUUCAUGUCUCCCAAAACGACCCUUGAGUACUUGGCCUACCUCGGCUUUGAGCCCUCCGACCGAAGCAGUCCAUCUACCACAGCAGCUCUGAAAGUAACAAAACCACGCAAGAGGCGUAGACGCCCAGGCCGUGUUGGUCGAAAUGUGGUGCAAUGUCAUGUUUUGGGAGCGCCUGGGUCCGGAAAGUCAGCUCUACUUGAUGCCCUCCUCUCUCGCGGGUUUAGCACGACCUACCACCCAACAAUCCAACCACGAACCGCCGUCAACACAGUCGAGCUACCUGGUGGGAAACAAUGUUAUUUGAUCUUGGACGAGUUAGGCGAGUUGGAGCCUGCUCUCUUGGAAAACCAGUCCAAACUGCUGGAUCAGUGUGAUGUCAUCGCCUACACUUAUGAUUCCUCGGACCCGGACUCCUUUGCAUAUAUUCCAGCUUUGUGGGCGAAGUACCCUCAUUUGGAGGAGUUGCCCAGUGUGUUUAUCGCUCUUAAGGCCGACUUGGAUCGGACCACCCAGCGGGCUGAGCAUCAACCCCAUGAGUACACAGCCAUGUUGAACAUGCCUAGUCCGCCUCUCCAUGUGAGCGUGACUUGGAGUUCAAUUCAGGAGGUAUUUGUCCACAUUGCCGAGGCAGCGAUGGAGCCUAGCACCGCAUUUCCCCGCAGCGAAGAGGAUGUCGAGGGCAAAUGGAUGUCAUGGGGUAUUGCCCUUGGAGCAGUGGUUUGCGCAGGCGCUGCAGCGGUAAUGAUUUGGCGACGUGUCAGUGGUAGUAAUUAG